AUGGCCUCGAAAAAUGUAAAUAAUAAUGGACUUGUUGAUGCUGGAAUAUCCGAAAUGUUGAACAAACCAAAUGAGCCCGCAUUCAAACUUGGUAUCACAAUUAACAAAGUCGUUUUCAAAUGCAAAAAUGACAAAAAACCUGUGAAUGUUCCGCUGGUUUUAUUUAACAAUACAAAUGAUAUCAUUAGUUAUAAGGUUGGUUAUUUUAAAUAGGUUUUUGGUGAAAUUUCUUAAAAUCAGUUUUAUCUAAUUCCAGGUUCGCUGCACCUCCGCUGAUAUUUUCCGUGUUCAACCACCGCUUGGAAUCAUCAAACCAAAUUCCAAUGUUGAUAUCACAAUUUGGUAUCAAAAUCAAGUUAAACCGGAUGCAAUUCAACAAAAACAUUAUUUCGCAUUUUAUCAUACAAAAGGUGAUGGAAGAACUGUUAAGGAAAUUUGGGCAAAUGCCAAAAUUGAGGGAGUUCGACGAAUUCCAGCUACUUUUGAAGCGAUUCCUUGA